AUGCAGGCAUAUGCAUAUGGUCGCUUGAUGUUGGGUCCUACCCCAUUUGAUGGUGGUGGCUAUUGUAAAUGGAUUACUCAUUCUCCCUGCCGCCGUCGAUUGGAAGCUUCGGCCACCGGCAGAGGCCGCCGGAAUCACUACGACGUACUGGGUAUCUCACCGGACGCUUCCUCCUUAGACAUUAAGAGGGCUUACCGCCUCCUCGCUCUCAAGGUUUUCACUAUUAUCGCCUUCGAUCUUGCUGGGGGUCUUCGCUCUUUACCAUACCAUCCGGAUGUUAACAAAGAAAUAGGAGCUAAUGAGGAUUUCAAGAGCAUCCGGCUUGCUUAUGAUACUUUGAUCAAUGAAACAACCAGAACAGAAUAUGAUAGAACUCUCUGCCACCAACAAAGGAUGACAAGACCUCUGGGAGAUGACUGGACAACUAAUUCAGAAUACGAGGAUGAGUUAAGGUUUCACAGAUGGGCGUAUCUGAGACGUAAAAUGCGACAUGAAAGAUAUAGGAGACGAUAUCAUGCUGGCGAAGAGCAAUUUUCAUCCGAUGAUGACAAAGCAUAUGAGAAAAAAAAACCAGUUAAGAAGAGAGGGUCAUUUGUUGGAGUGCUUAGAUCAGCAUUCAUCACGUUGUUUCUAAUGCAGACAAUGGGCUUCAGACUCUUUCUCGCGUAUAGUGGUGUAAUGGCCUUGGUUGAUAAGCAAUUGGAUGCGGGUUACAAGUUGGGUCUUCUACUUGCAUGUAUACUGGGGGGUUGGGAUGGUUUUUUGCUUACAAUAUUCCUUUCGUUUGCAACUUGGGUUUGUGGCAAGACAAGCAGCAGUGUUGUUGUGUUGGUAGUCGUUGCCAUGUGGUUUGGUUCGAGUCUCGCAAGUUAUGCUCCGAUUCCUCAAGGUGCACUUCUCACGCUUUUGUAUAUGUCGUUCAAGCUACAAGUUGAUCUUACCUAAAUAAAUCCCUUGUUGAUGCCAUUGGGUGCCCCGUGAAUCGUGAUGGUUCUUGGAAUGCAUGGAUAUUUUUCCACAUUCUCUGUUUGUGAAUAUAUAAAUGAUUAAUGUGAGACAUCUGGUUACAAUAACCUUUUGAAGUUUACUCUGUUAGAUGAAGAUGAUGUAUAUUCUUGACAAAAACUGUAGAUUGUUGGUUUUCCUAGCCAUGUGAACUUUAUUAUUUUAAGCUGUAGCCUCUAUCUUCUCUUGACGAGUAUGCUGUGUGCAAUGUCCAAUUGAUUUUACCUUUGGGUCUCGUUGAUUGUUGUAUAAUUCGAAUUCUAGCUGGUUGACCUCAUUUACUGAGGUGUAUUUGAAAAAGAAAAGCAGCAUAUCAUCCAAAAUUUGUUUUAGGGGCAGGGAAAGAUCAUAGUUUUGUUUUGUUUGCCCCUCCUUUAAAUUGGUGGAUGCCUGUCUUGUUAUGUUGCUCCCCAUAUGAAGUGGGAUAAAGGGAUUCUUAAAUGUUGUAUUCUGUGG